GCAAACGCCAUUAUGCCAGAGAAGAAGAUGCCUGGCUGGAGUGAGGCGCGCAAGGGACGAUACAUAUUCUAGUCACUCUCGUCGAUUUUGUUCGUGUUAUGGAAAAACGUAAACUUCAUCUAAGAAAUAUGUUACCUGAAUGCCUUUGUCCUUUACAAUGGAUUCACCUGCUGCAGUUUUUUUCCGGUGACUUAGUGCGAUAGUUUAAAAAACUAGUUGAUUUCCAGGAAUAUUUAUGCAAUAUAACUGCUGUGACGAAGAAAUUAGCUAGUAACGUUAGCUAGCUAACCUUGCUUCUUGUUAGCUAGGUAACGGGCAGAUAAGGAAUUAUUUCUGCAAUUGUGGUUGGCUAGUCCGUACCUAGCCGGUUAAACAAUCUAGAACUGGGGACCAUAAUCCAAAAAGUCAAGGAAAGUCGCUUGUCGAAGAGUUGUUGAGUCCUGCGUUCUCGGCAGGGGUGUCCCACACACAGUCAACAGUCAAGCCGGGAGAAAAACACCCCAGCUGCUAGCUACCUGGUAGCUACCACCACAACGGGCCUUGUUGCUGAGGCGACAAUGCUUGAAAUAAUGUCUGAACACCAAGAUUCGUUAUUGAAGUGCAAAACUGAGACUCUGCCUCCAGAGAGGAGAAAGAGGACCGUCGAAGACUUUAACAAGUUCUGCAACUUUGUCUUGGCAUAUGCAGGCUAUAUCCCCAAUCCUAAAGAGGAAGGUCCGUGGUCGCCAGCGUCCUCCAGCUCCCCACACAGCUCAGGGGCAUCGGGGGAAAGUGGAAGCGGCGGCAGCUCUGGGGGGGCCAGCUGGGGAGACGGAGGCAAUGACCUGCACACCAUCCACACGUUUGUCCACAAGGCUCGUGCCAACAAGGGUAAGAGCAUGCGCCACAUGCACUCGGACAGCUCCCUGCUGGACAAGAUGCGGCUGAAAGACUCUUUGUACGACAGCCAGGCUGCCAGCAAGGCAGAGCGCAAGAAGGACAAAAAGCUCAAAAAGUUGUCAAUGGGUUCCGCCAUUGGUGGUGCGGCUGACAGCGGGAGCAGUGGCGGUGAGAAGAGGGCCCGCAUCAAGCGCAGCAAAAAUCCCAAGCAGCCCAAAGCCCUCAAGAAGCUUAAGAGCUCGGCCACUCAAAGCGAGACAGACUCUGAGACCGGCCACGCCCACCCCGGGGAGCGCUCGGUCCAAGAGCACCUGACAGGGCACAGUGUCUCCUCCCCAGGAAUGCAGGGGCUGGCCAAGAUGCAGGCAGGGAUGCAGGGGCUGGCCAAGAUGCAGGCGGAGGAGUCCAACCGGGACGCAGAGAUAAGUUCGAGCGAAGGUGAGACAUGGAUAGCCGACGAGGACAUCAUGGUGGAGUCAGGUGAUGACUCUUGGGACUUGAUCACCUGUUACUGCGGCAAGCCGUUUGCGGGGCGACCGAUGAUCGAGUGCAACCAGUGCGGAGUGUGGGUCCAUCUGUCAUGCGCCAAGAUCAAGAAGUCCAACGUCCCUGACAUCUUUUACUGCCACAAGUGCAGGGACACGCGACGGUCGGGGCCAAAGAAAGACCCCUAAAGAUAGAGGGGUGAGAGGGACAAAAUCCCUCUUAUAUCCCUUUUCAAUCUACCCUUUUUUUCUGUGUACUAUUACAACCAAGUUAUUUUCUGCAAUGCCAACAGCUGAUUGUUAACCCUCAUCUGGACGGCAACUGUAUUGUUAGUUUUUUUUCUAGGUGUUUUUUUGACAAUCACCAUCCCCACUUAUUCAUGUAGGUUCUUUGUCACGUUCUGCCUCUGUGAAAACUGUACUAAAACAGGAAGACAUUGGAAGGUGAUCUUUUUAUUAUCUGUAACAUACAAAUAGACACACUUUUGCUCAGUAGUCUUACUAAAUAGAGACUGGCUUCCUUUUUUUUUCUUCAUUGAAAUGCUAAGGCAACCAUACAGAGAUCCAUUUCCUGGCUUUUACAUUAAGGUCAUAGCAUAAGGUGCAUGACAAGGUAUAGAUAAUUAUUUAUUUAGGACAUUUGAUGGGUUGCUUUUCUGUCAACGUUCAAAGGAAAAAGCUAGUAUUUUAUAAUGGUACAUCCACUUUUGUCAGACCCUCUGUAACCAGUGUUCAAUGCGACUGCCACACCAUGGCAGAGGCACAACCCCCUUCAUUAUCUGAAAAGAAAACAAACAUGUUUGUUUUUGUCCAUAAGUUUCUCAUUUUUAGGUCUAAAAAGGGUCUCUCUUUAUUUUUUUGCUACUUUUUUCUUAUGUAAGCUUUCAAUUUUGGCAUUUGUUUAUUAGUUUCUGUCUAUUACACUCAGUACCGCUUGCCACAGUGUUAAGCCCCUAUAGGAUUUCUCUCAUCAGAGGUUUUCUGAUUGAAACAAUAUCAUAUCAAAAUUGAAAUGUUCAAUCUAUUCCAUAGAAAUAUGCACUAACUUGUGCUACAACAGUGCACUAAAACAAGCACAAGCCCAAACCAAACACCCCCUUUUUUUGUGGUUAUUUCAUUUGAAAGUUAAUUGCUUUUGGCAAUUGCUAAUACACUAACUUUUAAACUAAGGGCUGUGCUGUAAAGUUUUUAGAUCCAGCCCAUAACCAGUAAAUAUAUAUUUUUUUAAAAUACAUUUUUUUUGUCAACUGGUGCAGUAUAAGCUUUGAGGAGUGGGUCAACAUCUGCUACAUCACCACUUGAUUACUUUGAGUUCCCUCUGCAUGACAAUGGAAUACCAUGACUACCCUUUGGUUGCGGUUUGACUUGGCGACAGACUUCAAAUUCCUCCAAUGCUUGUUCUGUGCUUUUUUUUGUUUUUAUUCACAUUUGUGCGUUCUUUUCAUUAGAGACUUCUGGUUUGGGAGAUUGAUGUGAUUGUUGUAAACUGUCGUGACGGAAAAAGUUGGAGCCACUUCACCUUGUAGAAGUGGCUUGAACAUCUUUUUGCAUGAAUGGUUGUAAAAUAUAUAUUUUGUAUUUCUUUCAUGUUAUCAUUAUUUUUGUUUAAAAGUUCAGAAAACGCUAGUUGAGAUUUGCUUCCAAAUCAGAGAACAUACAAAUCCCUCACCCUCAUAAUUCUCAUUCGUGAAACAAAGUAGACUGUUUGUAUUGUACAGAAAAGUAAUUUGAUAUCACCAGUGUCGUGGCAGGUCCUUUUAUGUUGGUUGGUUUUACCUUGCUUUUUUUGUUGGUGGAAGAGUCAUGUUUAGUCCCCAAAAAGCAAAUGCACUCUGUCCACCACCCUUCCCUUCGAUUCUCUGUAUAUACCCUGUUCUUCGAUAACUGUACAUAUUUGAAAGUGAAAAGAGAGGAAAAGAAAGCCUAGCAGAUGUUAUAUUUUCGGCCUCUGGUAUUGUUUUUCUUUAACUGUAGCUUGAAAAAUAAAAUCUUUUUUGGGGAUCA